AUGAAGGAAGGCUUUGCUAAGAAGUUACAGCUUAUUGUACAUCAACGAAUUCAUACUGGAAAGAAACCAUAUGAUUGUGGUGCAUGUGGGAAAGGGUUCAGUGAGAAGUUUCAUCUCAUUGUACAUCAGAGAACUCAUACAGGGGAGAAACCUUAUGAAUGUUCUGAAUGUGGAAAAGCCUUCUCUCAAAAAUCAUCUCUCAUUAUACAUCAGAGAGUUCAUACUGGGGAAAAACCAUAUGAAUGUAGUGACUGUGGGAAAGCCUUCUCCCAGAAAUCACCCCUCAUUAUACAUCAGAGAAUCCACACUGGAGAGAAACCUUAUGCAUGUAGAGAGUGUGGUAAGGCCUUCUCCCAGAAGUCACAACUGAUUAUACAUCAUAGAACUCAUACUGGAGAGAAGCCAUAUGAGUGUACUGAAUGUGGGAAGACCUUCUCUCGGAAGUCACAGCUCAUCAUACAUCAGAGAACACAUACUGGAGAGAAACCCUAUAAAUGCAAUGAAUGUGGAAAGGCCUUCUGUCAGAAAUCACAUCUCAUUGGACAUCAGAGAGUUCACACAGGAGAAAAACCUUAUAUAUGUACUGAAUGUGGGAAAGCCUUCUCUCAGAAGUCCCACCUCCCAGGACAUCAGCGAAUUCAUACAGGAGAGAAACCUUACAUGUGUGCUGAAUGUGGAAAGGCCUUUUCUCAAAAGUCGGACCUUGUUUUACAUCAGAGAAUUCAUACUGGGGAAAGGCCCUAUCAGUGCGCUACAUGUGGAAAAGCCUUCAUACAGAAGUCACAACUCACUGUGCACCAGAGAAUUCAUAACAGUGGCAAAACCAUAAUGAAGUGAACACAGAAAAGCCUUCAGUAUUAGCUCAAGCCUUAAUAAAUACUAGAAACCUGAGUAAUUUGAUAAAUUUGUGGAAGACAUCAUUAUACAUAAAAUUUUACAAGAUAAUUCACAUCUAUAGUGUGAUGAUAUGUAAUUCAGCAAAGAUGGUGCAAAACUUAAUCUACAUGGCAUAUAUAGCUUUGAACUGAAUGGUCAAUAGAACAAAUUAUGUAUACAGAAUGAUGUCAAGUUACAUAUUCCUUACUACACAAUAUAAUAAUAACCAGACAUUGUGAAAUUGCGAAUAUUAGCUAAUCAUAGUUUUGGCCAUACAGCCAGACCCUAUAGAGGACAUGGAGAAAGCUUGAAUAAAAAAAGUCAAUUCCUAGAAAUUGCAUUAUAAGGAAUAUAGCAUGACCCCUAAUGAUACAUGUAAAAUUCUUGUGCAAUGAUGGAAAGAGAUAGUUAAUCAAAUGCAAUAAAGGUGAUGUUUAUGUGUUUUCCCAUCUCAAGCAUAUACUAGUAGGUUGACCUGUAUCACUGGAAGUAUCCUGAACCUUGAAGUGGAUGCUUCUUGACCAGGUAUCCCCUUUAUUUCCUUCACUGGAAUUUGGAAUGGUGGAAAGACUUUGGUACAGAACCAGAUGGUCUUGGGUUUAAAUCCUGGCUCAACUAUUCAAAGAUUGUGUGACUUCAGGCAAGCCUGCUUUGCCCA